UGGGGUGUUCUCGCCUUCGCGGUGGAGUCCACGCAAUCUGACUCUUGGUGUCUUUUGCUAUAAAAGACAAGUCACUUCCAUCACCAUUCAUCAGUUCUUUUGCAGAACAUUUCAGUAAGACACCCUCGAUUCAACAUGAAUAAGUUCGUUGCUUUAGCCACAGUGUUCGCUGCAAUUAUCGCAGCAGAAGUUCCAGCUUCCGCCAAGCCUUUCUACGCCAAGCCAUCGUACCCAGCUCCAGGUGCUUAUCCAACCCCUGCUCCGGCUGCAUACACAACCAAAGCUGCUUACCCGACACCGUCUCCUGCCUAUCAGAAACCAGGUAGUGAACGGCCAGCCUACAGCAAACCUGCCGAAGGAAGUCACCCUCUGAUGCCAUUCAGUUUCGCCUACGAAGUUAAGGACGAUCCUACUUCCCAGGACUUUUCUCACAAAGAGAACAGCGAUGGUAAAGUCGUUAGCGGAUCUUACCGUGUUGUUCUACCCGACAGCCGAAUCCAAAUCGUCACCUACAAGGCGGACGAGAACGGAUACGUCGCCGACGUGAAAUACGAAGGAGAGGCCAAAUACGAUGAAUACAAACCCUCCGCUGCGCCAGCUUACACCAAACCGAAUUACUCCGCCGAGCCGGCUUAUCCCAAGCCCGCCAAUCCAGAGCCUUCUUCUUAUGCUAAGGCCGCUCAUCCCAAGCCAGCUUAUCCCAAGCCUGUUAGCACAAAGUCUUAUAAUUAGAUGCCUCUGUUUCUCGUUUGUUUUAUCCUGAACUAAGUACGAUCGAUGACAUCGGUGUGUUAUGUUUCCUACUGUCUCUUUCCUUGAAACGAACAGCGUCUAUUUAUUUGAAUGACAUACGAAAAUAAACUUUCCUUUUGCAAAGAAA